UAGCAUCACGCAAUUUUUCGUUUUAUUUACUUUACUAACCACCCUUCUGGCAUUCUGCUUGUUGGCUUGACAACCAAGUGUUUGGUAUAGACGAGACGCUUACAGCCAGUGGUUGUACAUAUUUUUAAGCUUAAUUUUCUUAUUUUUUUUUACCAAACUAGAUGGCAGUGAACUUGCACUCAGUAGCUUUUCAAGUUUUCAAUACAGAAAAUAGUGGUUAAUUAUAUACUAAACAAAGGAGUAAACGAGUUUCAUAAAUGGAUGUAAUCAGCGAAAUUAAUGAAAAGUAUUCUGCAUUGGAGGCAGAAAUCGAUAAGAGGUUGGAGAAAAUCAAAGCCGAUGAAAAGAAGUUGGAAAAGUUGCAGGAGCAAAACGGCAACCAAACUGCAGCGCAGACAACUAAAGUUCUCUCCUACGAAGAAUCAAUCGCGAGAAAUACAAAUUUACUCAAAUCAUUGGAAAUAGCCAAAGCGCGUUUACGUUCGCGUUCCACUUUCUCGCCAGUUGAGCAAAUAUUGGAAAAGGCAAUCGCAAACUAUAAAAGGGACUUGGAAACGUCACAGCAACUAUCUUCACGCUUCAAACAAGUGCAAAUUUAUGAAGCGUCACCAGCUGCAGGCCCUGAUCGAGAAAAUGGAGACCAAGAAUAGAAGCCAGGGAAAAUGACAUACAUACACACAUACAUAAACACAUAUAGGCUAUACAUACCAUACAUAUGUAUGUAUGCAUUUGUAUGCAAAUGAGCUCAUAUUUUAUGCAUCUGUAUCGAAUUGAUUACACUUAUCGGUCAUUUACUAAAACACUGUGUCAAACAUUUUUUUUUUUGUUAGAAAACGCGUUUGAAGUUUUCAAUUUG